GCCGUUGAAAGAUCUGGAGAGAGAAUAUCCGGUGCUCGACUCCAAUUUUCGAAACUUUUGCGCCUCUCACGGCAUUUUCUCAGUCGAAGAUUUCCUUGUUCAUGACCUCUAUGUGUUAGUUGCUUUUGCGGAGCAACAGCCUACUUCGGAGAGAUUGAAGCAGGGCAUUACAGUAGUCCUCUCUAUCAUAGAUAGCAUGCAUCAACCGUGGUUGAAUGGUAUGGAGUUGUUAGAAGAUGCCCUACGAAAUAAAAAUUUCUUGACAAGUGGACUUGAAGAAAUGGAUAUGUUUCUUCAUGGCGGAUUCCGUGUGGGACAAUUGACAGAACUAGUUGGACCAUCAUCUUCUGGUAAAACACAAGUUUGCCUACAAGUUGCCUCAAAUGUUGCAAGGAAAUAUAAUGGAACUGUAGUGUAUUUAGAUACAGGCAACUCCUUUUCACCUCAACGCAUUGCCCAGAUCCUUGGCCAGUCUUCUGACCCUGCAAAUUCUCAGGUGAAAUACCAAAAUUUGCAAAACAUCAUGAGGAACAUAUUAUGUCACUCUGUCUUUGACAUCUUUGGCUUGUUCGAUGUGUUACAUCAACUACAAUUCCAGUUGAAAUUGCAGAAUGGCAAAGGAGAUUGUCAUGGACGACUGCUUAUAGUUGAUUCAGUUUCAUCACUGAUUACCCCAGUCCUUGGAGGCAGUGGUUCACUGGGGCGUGCUUUGAUGGUUGCUGUCGGGUUUUUGCUGAAAAAGUUAGCACAUGAGCAUAAUCUCGCCGUACUUGUGACCAAUCACACAGUGGCUGGUGAGGGAGGUAUCUGUAAGCCAGCUCUUGGAGAGAGUUGGAAGAGUAUCCCGCAUGUCAGACUUCUUCUCUACCAUGAACGUGGGAGCAAUAUUUGCAAGAUUUCCAUUUUGAAACACCCAUCAAUGGCUUCCGGAAAGGCUGCAAGGUUCGUGAUGCUACCUGACUCUGAACAUAAAGGUGAACCAGGGAUGAAAAGAACAGUGUAAAAAUAUAUCUGUGUUCUGAAGUAUUACUGUGGUACAUUUUGUUUCCAUUCUAGAUGCAGGGUUUGUCCUUUGUAGAGGCGCUGGAUGGUAAUCCUUGGCAAGGGUUAGAAUUUAGAACCCAAGAGACGGAAUCUUCUCUUCAUCAAACUUUCGGCUCGGGUUCAACGCCCCUCUCUCUUCUUUCUUUCUUUUUGUUUUUUGUUUUUUUUGGGUACUUACAACUAGAUCAACAGGCCUAGUGCUUCUCCUAGUAAUUUUUUGAUACGAUUUUUACCUUAGUAUUUUUUUUUUAUGGGUUUCCCUAAGUAAUUUACAAUGUAAUUUGACGAAUUACAAAUGAUAAAUAAUAGUCUUCAACUUUU